UUAACUUGGUGGCGUUUGUGAUCCUGUCCAGAGGCAAGUGUGGUCUAUCAACAUGUAUCACUCGCUACCUGGUGGGAAUGGCAGCGGCCGAUCUACUGGUCAUUAUCUCUAAUCCUUUAUUGAGGCGAGUUGGUCAGCAUUACUUCCCGCAGUCAUUCCUGCACAUUACCCCAGUGUGCAGUCUCACCAUCGUCUUACUUUCGACAUCCACGCAUGUUUCCGUCUGGCUGACAGUCGCCUUCACCUUUGACCGGUUUGUGGCCAUUUGUUGUGAGAAGCUGAAAACGAAAUAUUGCACCAAGGAAACGGCGGGUGUGGUUAUCGGGACAGUGAGUGUGAUGAGCUGUUUAGCCUCAAUCCCCUGGUACUUUAUCUACAAACCAAGCAAGUUAAUUGAUGGUGUCCCCUGGUUUUGUGUCGUCACGCGGGAGUUCUAUACUUCCGUCGCUUGGGGAACAUUUGAUGUAACUGACCGCAUUUUAACUCCUUGCAUCCCGAUUUUCCUAGUUUUGCUUCUCAAUGGUCUGACGACCGGGCGUAUUUUAGCGGCCGGUAUAGUCCGCAGGAGGCUCCGGGGCAGCAGUGGAGAGAAAGGCAAGGACCCUGAGAUGGAAAAACGCAAUAAAUCGAUCGUUUUACUUUUCAGUAUAACCGGUAGUUUUAUAUUAUUGUGGAUAACUCAGCUUGUUUUCAUGGUUUACAGAAGGAUUGCAACCGUCCAGAGUUACAUCUCUUACUCUGAUCCUAACUAUAUCACAGAGCAAAUAUCAUUUAUGCUGCAAGUUCUGAGUACCUGCACCAACACGUGUAUUUAUGUCCUGACACAGUCCCAGUUCAGAGAGGAGCUGAAGAAAGCGGUGAAAUAUCCACUGAAUGCAGUUGUCAAAUUAAUAAAGCCAUAG